UCGCGCGGGCCGCGCCGGCGAUGCCGCGCCCCCGGGCCGGGCUGUAGCGGGGCCGGGGCGGAGUGCGCGCCGGGCAGGCCGGACAUGGAGGUGGUGGACGAGACGGAGGCGCUGCAGCGCUUUUUCGAAGGCCACGACAUCAAUGGUGCCCUGGAGCCCUCCAACAUCGACACCAGCAUCCUGGAGGAGUACAUCAGCAAGGAGGAUGCCUCCGACCUCUGCUUCCCUGACAUCUCUGCUCCAGCCAGUGCGGCCUCCUACCCCCACGGGCAGCCGGCCAUCCCGGGCUCCAGCGGGGGCCACCACCUGAGCCCCUCUGGGGGCGGACCCUCCCCGGGGCGCCACGGCCCCCUCCCCGCCCCGAGCUACAGCGCCCCGCUCAACUGCAACAACAACAAUGCCAUGGGCACUGCUCCCAAGCCCUUUCUGGGGGGCUCUGGGCCCCCCAUCAAGGCAGAGCCCAAGGCUCCCUAUGCCCCAGGCACACUGCCGGACUCUCCCCCAGACUCGGGCUCCGAGGCCUACUCCCCCCAGCAGGUGAAUGACCCCCAUCUCCUGCGCACCAUUACCCCUGAGUCCCUGUGCCACGUGGGAGUGCCCUCCCGCCUGGAGCACCCACCUCCACCUCCAGCCCACCUACCAGGCCCUCCGCCGCCCCCGCCACCCCCGCCUCACUACCCUGUCCUGCAGCGGGACCUGUACAUGAAGGCCGAGCCCCCGAUGCCCCCCUACGCUGCCAUGGGGCAGGGGCUGGUGCCCACGGAUCUCCACCACACACAGCAGUCCCAGAUGCUACACCAGCUGCUGAAUCAGCACGGAGCUGAGCUCCCCACACACCCCUCCAAGAAGAGGAAGCACUCCGAAUCACCUCCCAACACCCUUAAUGCCCAGAUGCUGAAUGGAAUGAUCAAACAGGAGCCCGGGACCGCGACGACCCUGCCCCCGCACCCAGCUCGAGCCCCUUCCCCACCCUGGCCUCCCCAGGGCCCACUCUCCCCCGGCCCCGGCUCCUUGCCCCUCAGCAUCGCCCGGGUCCAGACGCCACCUUGGCACCCACCGGGUGCACCCUCACCAGGUCUCCUGCAGGACAAUGAUAGCCUUAGUGGCUCCUACCUGGAUCCCAACUACCAAUCCAUCAAGUGGCAACCGCAUCAGCAGAACAAGUGGGCAACGCUGUACGACGCAAACUAUAAGGAGCUGCCCAUGCUCACCUACCGUGUGGACGCUGACAAGGGCUUCAACUUUUCGGUGGGCGACGACGCCUUCGUGUGCCAGAAGAAGAACCACUUUCAGGUGACGGUAUACAUCGGCAUGCUGGGGGAGCCCAAGUACGUCAAGACGCCCGAAGGCCUCAAGCCCCUUGACUGCUUCUACCUGAAACUGCAUGGAGUGAAGCUGGAGGCCCUGAACCAGUCCAUCAACAUUGAGCAGUCACAGUCCGACCGAAGCAAGCGGCCCUUUAACCCUGUCACGGUCAAUCUGCCUCCUGAGCAGGUCACGAAGGUGACUGUGGGGCGCUUGCACUUCAGUGAGACCACUGCCAACAACAUGCGCAAGAAGGGCAAACCUAACCCUGACCAGAGGUACUUCAUGCUGGUGGUGGCGCUCCAGGCCCAUGCACAGAACCAGAACUACACGCUGGCUGCCCAGAUCUCAGAGCGCAUCAUCGUGAGGGCCUCCAACCCAGGCCAGUUUGAGAGUGACAGCGACGUGCUGUGGCAGCGGGCGCAGGUGCCCGACACUGUCUUCCACCAUGGCCGCGUGGGCAUCAACACAGACCGACCCGACGAGGCGUUGGUUGUGCACGGCAAUGUCAAGGUCAUGGGCUCGCUCAUGCACCCCUCCGACCUGCGGGCCAAGGAGCACGUGCAGGAGGUGGACACCACGGAGCAGCUGAAGAGGAUCUCACGCAUGCGGCUGGUGCACUACAGAUACAAGCCUGAGUUUGCAGCCACCGCAGGCAUCGAGGCCACGGCACCAGAGACGGGUGUCAUCGCCCAGGAGGUGAAGGAGAUCCUGCCUGAGGCCGUGAAGGACACUGGAGACGUGGUCUUUGCCAAUGGGAAAACCAUAGAGAACUUCUUGGUGGUGAACAAGGAGCGCAUCUUCAUGGAGAACGUGGGUGCCGUGAAGGAGCUGUGCAAGCUGACGGACAACCUGGAGACGCGCAUUGACGAGCUGGAGCGCUGGAGCCACAAGCUGGCCAAACUGCGGCGGCUGGACAGCCUCAAGUCCACUGGCAGCUCGGGUGCCUUCAGCCAUGCAGGGAGCCAGUUCAGCCGGGCGGGCAGCGUCCCCCACAAGAAGAGGCCCCCCAAGGUGGCCAGCAAGUCGUCAUCUGUGGUCCCAGACCAGGCCUGCAUCAGCCAGCGCUUCCUGCAGGGAACCAUCAUUGCCCUGGUGGUGGUCAUGGCCUUCAGCGUGGUGUCCAUGUCUACACUGUAUGUGCUGAGCCUGCGCACCGAGGAGGACCUGGUGGAAACCGAUGGCAGGUCCAGCCAGAGCUUUGGGACCACUCAGCUCCGACAGUCGCCUGUGACCACCGGGCUGCCAGGCACACGGCCCUCUUUGCUGCUGGUUACCACCGGCCUGAGCAGCUCAGCCCCAGGUCCUGUCAUCCCCACUUUGGACCUGUGCUCCAGCCGCCCUUGUCCAGUCAUCUGCUGUUCCUCCUCCACCCCCAGCCCUACCCCUGCCCCUAGUCUUGGCUCCAGCUUUAACCCUGGCCAUGGCCUCAGCCCCAGUCCCAGCCCCUCCACCAACCGCUCAGGCCCCGGCCAGAUGGCCCUCCUACCAGUCACCAACAUCAGAGCCAAGUCCUGGGGCCUGUCGGCCAAUGGUAUUGGCCACUCCAAGCAUCCAAAGAGCUCAGAGCCUCUGGCCAGCCCUGAAGUCCCCUUCCCUGGAGGGCAGGGCAAAGCCAAGAACAGCCCCAGCCUUGGUCUCCACGGCCGGGCCCGCAGAGGGCUUCCCCAGCCCGGCCUGAGCCCUGCUCGGCCCACUCGGGCCCAGGGCCAGCCAGCCUCUCUCCUUGCAGACCCAGUGCCCUCCCUGACCUCCAUCCAGGUGCUGGAGAACUCAAUGCCCAUCACUUCCCAGUACUGCGCUCCAGAGGAUGCCUGCAGGCCUGGAAACUUCACCUACCACAUCCCUGUCAGCAGCGGCACCCCGCUGCACCUCAGCCUGACUCUGCAGAUGAACUCUUCGUCUCCCGUGUCUGUGGUGCUGUGCAGCCUGAUGUCAAAGGAGCAGCCGUGUGAGGAGAGGGACUUUCCACAGAGCCUGCACACCUACCAGGACACCCAGGGCACGUCCCACCAGUGGCCAGUGACCAUCCUGUCUUUCCGAGAAUUCACCUACCACUUCCGGGUGGCACUGCUGGGUCAGGCCAACUGCAGCGUGGAGGCCCCGGUCCUGCCGGCCACAGACUACUAUUUCCACUUCUACCGCCUGUGUGACUGAGCUGCCCUCCCCAAGGCAGCACCACACCACGGCCCGGGUCCCCGGGCGCCCCUUCCACACUGGACGCGGUGGUGUUACACUGGAGCCGCUGCCCGCCAGCUCUCUGCUCACUGGCACCCCCUUGGAGAGACUGAACCGGGCCUGGCCCUCCCCACGACUGGUGAAACUGGAAGUCCUCACACUGGAGUUGCUGUCCCUGCCGGUCGCCCCUCACACGUCGCGGAGGGAGCCAGAGGGACCUCCUGGGGCCAGGCCGGGACCAGUUCCUAUCUGUCCAGUUAUGGUGGUUGGAGGGCCGUCCUCAGGUACUCUGGCGGCAAGGGUAAGCCUGUGACUGUCCAGAGCCUACCUCCCACCCUCCCCUUUUGAGACUGGGAGCCCCCCCUCUUUUGGAGAGGGGACCUGCUGACCUUGCUAUCAGCUGGGGACUUGGACGGAGCCCUAAAAGACUCGGCUGGAUCCAUGAGUCGGUGGAGAGUAUGCAGCCAUCACCCUCACAGCUGCUCCCUGCGGGGCGGCGAGGUGGUGGACUUUUUGGGGUUUGACUGUUACGCUGGACUUGGGACUUUAAAGCUUUAAGUGUGGCCCAGGAAGUCUCUUCUCCCUGGGAACACGGGCUCCCAAGAGCUCCCAGGGCAGCUGGAGCCAGCCCUGGAUGGGUUGGAAAGACUGACCAUGUGCCUUAUGUACAUUUCGUGCCCAGCUGAACCGGUGAGGGAGGUGGGGCGGUGGGCGAGGUAAGCCCCGGACCCUUGAACCUGGAGUAUCCUUAAGUUCCCUGUGAGCCCCCCCACCAAGACGGUGUCGGGGCCCCAUGGCCUGGGUUCCUGGGAGUUUCCAGAGCUUUGCAGCAGUAUCCGGGACCCAUCAUUCUCUCUGAGCAGGGGAGCAGGAAUCCAUGCCAGGCAGCAGGCUGGUCUUGGCUGGUGUGUGGAUGCAGAGUUGUUGCUGUUAUUAACGAAAUAAUUACUAAAAUGCACUUAAGCCAGAGCGGGGGUGGAGGUUGGAGAUGGUAAAGCCUGGAGAAGUGCAGAGCCCUGGGGGAGGGGGGGGACAGGGGGA